CAUCUGCUGCCUCUCCUGCAGAGCAUCAAACAGAACUAUGAUGAUUAUGCUGAUUCUGACGAGGACCAACAUGAUGCUUACCUGGAGCAGGUGAAGGCAGAGGGCAGAAUCCGCGAGGAGGCUGCGAAUGACAGCGAAUCCGGCGAGGAGACUGAUGAAUCCUUCAAUCCUGGCGAAGAGGAGGAUGAGGUAGAUGAGGAGUAUGACAGUAACGCUGGGGGCAGCUCCUCCAGCAGUAAUGAAGACGAGAGUGGCAAUGAGAAGUCCCGGAGCGUCCCCGCGAAGAAAGCCAAGGUAGUCAAGGAGAAACCUGCCAGGAAAAAGGCUGAGGGUAAGAAGUCUAAGGAUAAGGAUCCUCAUGCUCCGAAGCGGCCAAUGUCGACCUACAUGCUGUGGUUGAAUGCAAACAGAGAGAAGAUCAAACUUGACAAUCCCGGGAUCAGUGUGACCGAGUUAUCGAAGAAAGCUGGCGAGCUGUGGAAAGCCAUGACCAAGGAGAAGAAGGAGGAGUGGGAUGCCAGAGCUGCCACGGCGAGGAAGGAAUACGAUAAGAAGAUGGAGGAGUACAAGAGGAGCGGGAAAGCCGAGUCCUUCCAAAAGAAAAAGGAAGCCGAGAAGAGCAAGUCGAAGGGGAAAGCUGGGAAACAGUCUGUGUCCAGAAGCACCGUCUCCAAAAGCCCUGUGAAGGGAAACGGGGACAGCUUCAAGAGCAAAGAGUUUGUGUCGAGUGAUGAGAGCUCAUCCGAGAGUGAGGGGUCCGAGAAAGCAGCCAGCUCUGAAGAAUCUGGCUCUGAUUAGCUGAAGUGGUCAAGCUUUUGUGGUUAAUUGCUGACAGUCCAUUGUGUCGAUUUGCAUCCCCUGCGUCCUGCAGUACCUGUUUGUA